AAAAUCUAAUAGAAAUCCUCACCAUGAAGUGCCGAACGCAUAUCGUACAAAAUGUUGUUUGAAAUAAUUGAAUAGAGCCACAUGGCACGAUCCCAAGACAGUGUCCAAGUGCCAAAACCAAAAGUAGGUCGACAGCAAGAAUUUUUUAUGAUUAGAAACUCCAGCGGGACAUCUUACUUCAGUUUGUGGGGAAGUUGGAGGACCUGGAGAAUUGUGAUCCUAUAUCCACUCUGAAGAACAAAUCAACCAACUCAGCUCAUCAAGAAACUUGUCUAGGUACCAAAGGUGCUCAUGCACUUGGCAGGAAUUUCAGAAUGCAUCGUCAGCUUAAGUUCACUGUUCCAGAAGCAAUGGCAGAUAAUCAGAGAAUUCAUCCGGUGGUACGGGUUGCAACAAGCACCACGGCACCUUUAGUGCCACCGUGCUCUUCUGUUUCAGAAAAAGGAACCCAAGUCCAUCGAGCUUCUCCGUUGCAAGGUGGCAGACCCAUGAUUCCCCCAAAGCCAAGGAAACGAAAAGGCUGUUGCUGCAGGAUCUUGUGCGGGAUCAUUAGCCUCCUCCUUCUCAUACUGAUCCUCAUUGGAAUAGUUGCCGCAGUUAUUUACUUUGUCUUCCAACCCAAAAUUCCACAGUAUUCUGUUGACCGCCUUCAAAUAAGUGCUUUGAGGCUCAACUUCGACCUGACCCUGUAUGCACAAUUUGACGUGAAGAUUACGGCCACCAAUCCAAACAAAAAGAUUGGAAUCUAUUAUGAGAAGGGUGGCAGAUUAAGCGUGUGGUAUACAAAUGAUAAGCUAUGUGAAGGAUCAUUGCCAAGAUUCUACCAAGGUCACCAGAACACAACGAGACUCGACAUUACCUUGACUGGCCAAAGCGAGUCUGGGAGCACCAUAAUGAAAGCACUGCAGCAGCAACAGCAAACAGGACAAAUCCCUCUCGAUCUAAAAGUUGAUGCACCGGUGUCAGUCGAACUAGGCACAAUGAAGUUGAGGAAGGUUAGAAUCUUGGGCCGAUGUUCCCUGGUGGUGGACAGCUUGAGUACCAAUAGCUUGAUCAGCAUCAAAGCAAGCAAGUGUAGGUUUGGGAUAAAGCUUUAAAUUGUUUAAUUGUCAUGAGUUGCUUCUUAUUUUUUUCAGUUUCUUCUGUAGACUCAAUUUCAAUAUUCUCUAGACAGAGAAGAUUCAUUUACAGAUUGUUGGAAACUAUGAUUUGUCAGAUGACCUAUACACAUUCCUUUUAUGAAUUUCCUCACUCUCUCUCUCUCUCUCUCUCUCUCUCUCUCUCUCUCUCACA